UGUUUAAAAAAGUACUGUGUAAUUUCCUCUGUGAUAUUUCCCAGCUGCGUGUCAGUGAACUGGUGAGAUGGAGGAAGCAUACACUGAACUGUACCAGGAGUUUCUUCGCCUGAGGUCACUCUGCAUGAGACAGGCGGCCCUGUUGCAUCAACUCACAACAGCCCUGCAGAAACAGCAAGGUGCUGCUGUGUCUCAUGGAGAGUUGGAUGAGCUGACGUCCAUCCCUGUCCAGUGCACCCAGGAAUUCCCUCUACGUCCUCAUGAAAACCCAGUGACAGCACACAACCCUGCAUCACAAUGUGGUGUUGAUCCACUCUCUAGAAAUGUGGGGACCUUUUCUGAUCUCCUCGCUGAAGAUAUGUCCAAGCUCGGCAUGAAUGCGACCCAUCAGAGAAAGGACGGUGGGAAGGUUGAGCAAAAACAUUUAUUAACCCUGGAUUCAUCAAAUCCAAGGAAAACAAGGCAACCUGGUGGAGACAGUACCAUGCAUCCAGGAAGGGUGCUUAUGACAGAUGGUCUCUCUCUUGUUGGAGCAGAUCACCACCAGUGUGGUGGGGUGAUGAUGUCAGAUGUGGCGAUGCAGUCUCAUGUUUGUGAGUUCUGCCAGGCGGUUUUUCCUGGAGACACGACCACCAGAGGAGAGUUCUUGCGACAUCUCUACACUCAUGUCAGCUAGACUAAACAAAUUCUUCUUUUUCUCCUUCCAAACGGGUUAAUAUGAUGUGCUGUGAUUCAGUUCAGCAGAUCACUGGAAACAGCAUUGAAAUGGACCCUGUUCUUCAUAUGGUCAGCUGUUUGUUGAUUAACCGUGCAAAUGCUGAUGCUAUGUGACAGUAUUAAGAUAGAGAUUACAGAAAAAAAAAUCUUCAGUGUCAAUUUAUAUAGAUAGUUACGGUUUUAAU